UUGGAAGUAAUAAUGAAUUGAAACAGAUAAAUUAAUCCAAAAAGAGGAACAAGAAAGUGGCUAGAGCUAACGUGUUUGCAACUUCAAUGCUGAAAUCUCUGACGGAUUUGGGUGGUUUUCUGAAGCAGAAGAUUGUUGGAAGUUUCCAAAUGCCACAACAGAAGGUUGUCACCCAUCAGCCUACGUAAAACGUUUCGUCAUGACGUAGGAGCCUGGCCCUCCCUCCUCCUGCCGACCUAUCCCACGCGCCUAGCCAAUCACAGUGUUGAACUCUCAGCUUGACAUCUUCUGCCUCCAAUCGCAGGGCACCUCCUCCCCGCCAAUGACCGGCGGCCGAGAGGAAGCCCCGGUCCUCCGCGGGAAUAUCAAUAGGGGAGCCAUGGGAGGAAUGGAAGCCUCGGCUCUCGCGAGGAUGCUCCCGGCGGUCCCUGCUCCCCGAGGCGGGCUGUCACGUGACGCGGCCUCGCCCAAUCACCGCGCGGGCUGCGGGGGUCGCCGCGGUUCCCGCCAAAUACGAGCUCGGCGGCCGCGGCAGCAGCGGCGCGGGCGGGAGGGCGAGCGGCAGUGGCCGCCUGAACAGAGCCCGCGCCUCCGCCGCCUGGGGGGAGCUCGAGCCGCCGCCGGGGCGAUGCUGGAGGAGUUGGAGUGCGGGGCGCCCGGCGCCAGGGGAGCGGCCACAGCCAUGGAUUGCAAAGACAGACCAGCUUUUCCAGUCAAGAAGUUAAUACAAGCUCGUCUGCCCUUCAAGCGCCUGAAUCUUGUCCCAAAGGAAAAGAGCGAGGACGGGUUGGAUGACACCAGGAGCUCUGAGGGUGCUCCUGCCCAAAGUCAAGUCCCUGAUCUGGAGACCUCUUUGGACACCAUGGAGAACAACUGUCAUAUGGGCUCUGACAUAGACUGUAGUCCCAAACUUGUCAACGGGAAGGGUCCCUUAGAUAACUUUUUAAGAAACAGAGUCAAAACCAAUAUUGACCAGACUGCAGUCAUCAUUGAUUUGACGGAGGACUCAAGUGACCAACUAGAUGGCCUUGUGGCCCACAGUAAACUAGAUGCUGCAGCCUCUCCCUCUGAGGAGGCUGUAAGUGGGGUCGGAGAAGAAGCUGGAGGUGACAGGGGGCCGCCGGAGGCCAGUCCAGAGGAUGAGCUGGCGUGUUCUGAGGAGACCCUUUCCGACAUUCCAUGCAAAACCGAGAAGGAGGGUCCUGGCUCCGGGGACCCAGAGAGGAGUGGAGAUGGGCAGAAAGGCUCGCCCCCAAGCUGCCCCGUGCCAACUGGUGACGCAAGAAUGUGCCCGGAGAAGGACCAGGAUGGUUGGAGUGAAGCCAGGGGCAUCCUGUUCAAAGGGAAGGUGCCCGUGGUGGUCUUGCAGGAUAUUCUGGCUGGGAAACCUCCUCGAGCCAAGUCUCCGCCUGUGACACCCGCAGACCAGGGCGUGCCCUCCGAGAGCGAGACGCUGGAGUCCGGCCCUGAAGAAGACUCUGUUCUUAGCCACUCGUCCCGGGGUUCUUCCUCUCCCACCAGCUCACCCGAGGGGCAGUCUGUUUCCAAAAAGCAGCACAGCAGUCCCAGGCCCUCCCCAACCUGCACACCUAUCCGCAGAAUAACUAAGAAACUCAAAGCUUCUGCAGAGAAGGACAAGCUCAAACUGCAAAGAGACAGGGAGCGGCUGGGCAAGCAGCUCAAGUUACGGGCGGAGAAAGAGGAAAAGGAGAAGCUGAAGGAGGAGGCCAAGCGGGCCAAGGAAGAGGCCAAGAAGAAGAAGGAGGAGGAGAAGGAGCUGAAGGAGAAGGAGCGGCGCGAGAAGAGGGAGAAGGACGAGAAGGAGAAGGCGGAGAAGCAGCGGCGCAAGGAGGAGCGGCGCAAGGAGCGGCAGGAGGCGCUGGAGGCGAAGCUGGAGGAGAAGAGGAAAAAGGAAGAAGAAAAACGGUUGCGGGAAGAGGAGAAGCGCAUUAAAGCCGAGAAGGCCGAAAUCACGAGGUUCUUUCAGAAGCCAAAGACCCCGCAGGCCCCCAAGACCCUGGCUGGCUCCUGUGGGAAGUUCGCCCCUUUUGAAAUUAAAGAGCACAUGGUUCUCGCCCCUCGGUUUCGGACUGCUUUCGACCAGGACCUCUGCGACCAGCUGGACCAGCUCCUCCAGCAGCAGAAUGGCGAGUCCUCCUUCCUGAAAGAUCUGAAAGGCCGGCAGCCCCUCAGGUCCGGACCCACCAUGGUUUCAAACCGGAACACGAAUAUUCAUAACAGCGACGUGGUGAUCGUGGAGAGCGGCAAGGCGGACGGCGUUCCUGACAGGAGGAAGUUCGGCAGGAUGAAGCUCCUACAGUUUUCCGAGAAUCACCGGCCGGCGUACUGGGGGACGUGGAAUAAGAAGACGACCGUCAUCCAUCCAAGGGACCCCUGGGCCCAAGACAGGAAGUUCCUGGACUAUGAGGUGGACAGUGACGAGGAGUGGGAAGAGGAGGAGCCGGGAGAGUCCCUCUCCCACAGCGAGGGGGAUGAUGAUGACGAAGUGGGAGACGAUGAAGAUGAAGACGAUGGUUUUUUCGUGCCCCAUGGGUACCUGUCUGAGGACGAGGGAGUCACUGAGGAGUGUGCUGACCCAGAGAACCACAAGGUUCGUCAGAAACUGAAGGCCAAAGAGUGGGAUGAGUUUUUGGCGAAGGGGAAGAGGUUCCGCGUGCUCCAGCCCGUGAAGAUCGGCUGCGUCUGGGCAUCUGAUAAGGACGGGGGCGCCGACCGGAAGGUGCUGCAGCAGUUCACGGCGUGCCUGCUGGAGACGGUCCCUUCCGAGGAGGAGCAGACGCCCAAGGCCUCCAGACGGGAGAAGAGAGACCAGCAGAUCUUGGCGCAGCUGCUCCCGCUGCUGCACGGGAAUGUGAACGGAAGCAAAGUGAUCAUACGGGAGUUCCAGGAGUGCUGCCGCCGGGGGCUGCUCGGCAGGGACGCGGGCAGUCCCGACAGCAGCUCUGCCAGCCCGCCCAGCCCCGGCUCCUCCCGCCCGCAGACCCCCACCGCCAGCGAGGACGCCGCCGUCCCCUCCAAGGCCAGGCUCAAGCGGAUCAUUUCCGAGAACUCGGUGUACGAGAAGAGGCCUGACUUCAGGAUGUGCUGGUACGUCCACCCACAGGUGCUGAAGACCUUUGACCAGGAGCACCUGCCCGUGCCGUGCCAGUGGAGUUACGUCACCAUGGUGCCCUCGGCCACCAGGGAGGACAGUGGCAGCGUCCCCGCCACGGGGCCCAGCCAGGGGACGCCCAUCUCGCUGAAGCGGAAGUCAGCCGGCAGCAUGUGCAUCACCCAGUUCAUUGAAGAAGCGCAGGUCGGGGCCGGGGACCUCGAUGGCUUCCAGGCAGACACGGAGGAGGAGGAAGAGGAGGACGGCGACUGUGUGAUCCUGGACAUCUCGGAUGUCGGGGAGGCUCCGACCCCGUGUGGAACCACUUCUGGAGCUGGGGGGUCCGUGGGAAUGGACACCGGCGAGAGCCCCGUGCCCACCAGCUCGCUCAGCUCCUGCUGAGUGCCCCGCUGGCCCGGCGUGUGUAGGUAGAAUGGUUAGGGCAUUCACAAACGCCUCUUGGAUACUUGAAAGUCCUACAAGUCCUGUGUAAAGAGCACUUUGUUCUGCUUCGCAGGCCUCUCUGGAGGUCUGGAAAGUUUUAUAGAGGAUGCUUGAUUUGUUCCUUUUGGUAUUUGUAAAAAUCCCCCCCAAAAAGCUGCAUAUUAAUCUGCCCUUGAAUAAAGCAUUAUUGCGAUGUGAGGAUCUGUACAGGGACAGCCUGGUCGCGCCUGUGGGCCCCCAAGCAGGCGCUGUGAUGAAAUGCUUGUAAAUGAGUUGGAGCCCGUGGCGGCUCCUCAGCCUGAUGUGGGUGUGUAUAAACUUAUUGUCCAGCCCUGA